AUGCGUCUGCUCACUCUGAUUGGAAUUAUCAUCGUUGGAGUCAAUGUCGCUUAUGCUUUGCGAUGCGUCGCCUGUAUCGAUGACGAUUUUUUUGACGGUGAAUUCUUCAAAAAUAUGACAAAACGUCAAAUUCGCGUAUGGAAGGGCAAGCGAUCGUUGCCGCGAUGCAACGAUACCAAAGAGAUUAGACUCAUCGAGUGUCCAACUUCAUGCGUCUACAUUCUUGCGGUAGAUCCUGAAAAGUUCGGUGUACGACUUCCAGCAAGAUACUAUGAUUGCGACAAUGACGUGCUCGCUGAUUAUCUCAUCUAUAAAUUGAACGAAGACGAUAAAUUCUUGUACUUCAGCAAGUAUGUUCCAAAGGGAACCAUGAUCAGCGACAUAACUUACGACUUGUUGGAUAACAUCCACUAUCAAGAUAUGUUUUAUAUGGUCAGCCUCUUUGUCGUUUGUUUGCUCAUCAUUCUGCACAUGAUCAUAACUAAACUUUCGGAUAUUUUCAAUGUCAUUCUGGUUGAUCCGAACAUCUUCAUUCGCAUUUAUCAUCACACUGUGGACUUCUUUUUUGCGCUCAAGGAGUUUCCCAGCAAUCUGUAUUCGCGUAUCACGACGAAUGAUGCGGACGAAAUCAAGGCUCAUGAUGAUUAA